GUCACUAGUGGGUUAAACGUUGAGAGAAUCUGGUCCAGCAAGUAUUAUGCCUCGGGUCUUUCGGUUUCAUAAGGAGAGUAAUUUCUAUUUUGAAUUGUCAUGCUUUUGUGACAUGUGGGGGUUUGUUAGUCACCAGAGAGCACUUGACGUGAACCUGCAACCAGCAUAUGCUUUCCAGCUUCAGCAAAGGGCCCAGAGCACGAGUCAAAAUAGCUGCGUGAUGUCACAUUAUAAUGAGAAUGUGCUCUGGCCAAUUGGUGCCAAGAAUUGUCUGGACAAGGGUGGAUUCCUUUUACAGUCUUUUUAAAGGGACACUAUUCACAAACGCACAUGACAAUCCCCUGCCAGAACUUCCCUGAUGUGGAAUUUUAUAAAAGGAGCCUUAUCAGUCACUACUGACCUUCCCCAAGCAAGAAGAUCUUGUGUGCUAUCAGCAGGCGCUUUACACCACUGGAGAAGAAUUCAGUUUGUGAGCCGCAGCACAGCGUGCAAGGCAGGCUGACUGUGUGACAGCACUCAGCAAUCCAGGUUAUCCCUAAACUCAGAGUCGCUUUUGUUUCUUUAAACCAAACGGGGAUUUCUGCAGAAUCAAAGGGGUUUUGUCUUCUGCAUAGGCGGGGAAUUUUUCGACUUUUUUUUUUGUGCUGGUUUAUCUACAUUUUAGCUGUUCUGGUUUAAUUUGGAUAUGACAAAGUUCUCCUGAAGUUGCAUUACCCACUGCGCCUGCCAUGAAGCGGUUUGGCAGUUUGAGGGGUACCAAGAAACGCAAGGACCAGGGUCGAGGGACAGACCGCCGUCAGUCGGAGCCUCAUGGGAUAAUAGCCUCAGGACUAUCAUCCUCCCCAUCCACUCCCACACAAGUGACCAAGCAGCCCAACUUCCCCCUGGAAUCCUACAAACAUGAGCCAGAAAGGCUAGAGGCCAGACUUCGCUCAUUCUCCUCCCCACCGGACACAGGCCAGAGGUUUUCAUUACCGCACCUACCUGCGACUGUGACAAAGUCCUCCCUUGUGUCAUUAACCCACAGUGCUACCUCAAAGACCGUGAUGCUCAUCCCCUCUCUUCUACCCACACAGGCUCAAGGCACCAUUGAAGGCAUGCUGGAGAAAUUGGAGCUAGAAGAUGAAGCUGUUGAAGUAUCGGAGAGUGACAUAUACAUGCGCUUCAUGAAAUCACACAAGUGUUAUGACAUUGUGCCCACCAGCUCCAAGCUUGUUGUGUUUGACACUACGUUACAGGUAAAGAAGGCAUUUUUUGCACUGGUAGCCAAUGGUGUACGAGCUGCUCCAUUAUGGGAAACAAAGAAUCAGAGUUUUGUAGGUAUGUUAACAAUUACAGACUUCAUAAAUAUAUUGCAUCGAUACUACAAGUCUCCAAUGGUACAGAUCUAUGAGUUGGAGGAACACAAAAUAGAAACCUGGAGGGAAUUGUAUUUACAAGAAACCUUCAAGCCUUUGGUGAACAUAACUCCAGAUGCAAGCCUGUAUGAUGCAGUGUAUUCACUGAUCAAAAACAAAAUCCACAGAUUGCCGGUAAUCGAUCCAGUCAGUGGGAAUGCACUUUAUAUACUUACCCAUAAGAGAGUCCUCAAGUUUCUUCAGCUUUUUGUCUCCGAAAUGCCAAAGCCUGCCUUCAUGAAGAAUAACUUGGAGGAGCUUGGGAUAGGAACCUACCACAACAUUGCCUUCAUACAUCCCCAUACUCCCAUCAUCAAAGCUUUGAAUAUAUUUGUAGAACGACGAGUUUCUGCUUUACCGGUUGUGGACGAGUCGGGGAAAGUUGUAGAUAUCUAUUCCAAGUUUGAUGUUAUUAACCUUGCUGCUGAAAAAACAUAUAAUAAUUUAGACAUCACAGUGACACAGGCACUUGAACACCGCUCACAGUAUUUUGAAGGCGUAGUAAAAUGCAGUAAACCGGAAACACUGGAGACUAUUGUGGAUCGAAUAGUGAAAGCAGAGGUGCAUAGAUUGGUAGUUGUGGAUGAAGCAGAUAGUAUUGUUGGAAUUAUCUCUCUGUCAGAUAUUCUACAAGCACUAGUGUUGUCUCCUGCAGGUGCCAAAAGGAAGGAGAGUGAAGCAGACUGAAUUCACCUGAAUUUACAGUCUUUUGUUACAACAUUUUUCUCCGGAAGAACUUGAAUGAUGUUUUCAUGUCAAAGCUUUGCCUCAGAAACAUUCAUUGCAAUAGCUGAGCAGAAGAUUGCUUUGGAGAAUGUGUGAAAUAAUGGAAGGGAAAGGCAUGUUGGCUUCCUUUUUAUUUAGCUCUUUCUCCGUGUCAUCUUGGGAAGGAAGAAUAGCGUGGCGAAAAAAAGCACUGUUAAAUGGUUAAUUUUCUUUUUCUUUAGUUUGACAUAUCAAAAUAGAGAUACUUGGCCUACUUUCAAAAUUCCUGACUUUUUUGGCAAUUAUUUAUGUUAAGGUAUGGUCCUGGGCUAUUGUGCAAUGUUCUACGUAAUGCAGGAUCCACCAGUAAGUGUGCUGGAUGGAUUGUGAAAAGCUGUGCACUGUAUUGAAUGUGAAAGACUCUGAAAUCCAGGUUACUCUUAAUUUACUGUUGUAGGGGCACAACAUGCUUUGCUGAUGGUUCCAUACCAUACCAAACCUUACUUUGCUAUGUGUCAAGCCCUAGGCUAGGCUCUUUGAUUUACAUGUGUUAAUCCUAUGUAUAAUAUUUGAAGAGCCUGGCUUGCCACACCACACAUUUGGAAAGAAUACCUGGUCUGUAGGACCAUAAAGAAUGUUAAGUUAAUUUUGUCUAGGUUACCAAAAUGAAAAUAUUACUAGGUAGCACACUAGCUUUAUUAACAAAAAAUUAAAUAUAUAUAUAUACUGAUUAAAUUUAAAGGUUCCCAUUGUUUUCCCUCAACCUCUAAAAAUGCAGGUUUCCUGGCUAACAAUGUUGAUCCAAGGACUUGAGUUCUUCUAAGACACUGACCUGAAGUAAAAGAUGCAAAUCAGUACAUCUGACUCUAUUACUUUUCCAAUGUGCAUACUAGUUUUCUUGGCCGUCACCAUUUUUCUCCAAGAACAGGAUUACUUAAAAGAUCAAAUUGAAUUAAUCCUUUGAUUUAUUGCACACCUUUUUGGGAUGAUGGAUCUCCCCCCUACCCCAGUCAUUGCCAGACGAGGUGUAAUUUGGUUUUUGCUGUGUUCUGCAAAUAUAUUCUUGAGGACUGUUCGGUGGAGGUGAGGUGACACAACCACUUGAAAUAGUCACAGUAGAGAAAUAGGAGCUCUUUCCUGAAGGGGAACAAAUUUCGCCAAACACCUAGGCUGUACUGAAUGCCCAUUUUGGGUGGACUUGACCUUUAAAAGAUACCACAUCUAAGGUUAUAGGUUACUUACAUUUGCAGUAACUAAGGCUCAAUACAUUUAGGUGACAAGCUUAAUUACUGGCACCUGUAAACUGGAUAAUUUAGGUUUUUAUUUUUGCCUUUACCACUUCACGUUUUACUUCUUGAUCAAUAUAGAUUUCAUGUGACCAAUUUGCAGGCACAUUGCCUUGCACACACCAACACCAGCAAAGCCAAUUAUCAGCCCCAAAGAAUUGGCAUAACUGGGCCUUGACAACAUUUUGGUUGAGUUUUUUUUUUACAAAUGCACAAGAAAGCAUAACAGAAAGUUUUUGGAAUCAAAGAUAUCUAAAGCAACUUUUUUUUUUUGGGGGGGGGGGGUUGCGUGUUCUCUAGCAGCACACAAUAGGAUUUUUUUUCCUGGCAUUGCAUGACAUAGUUUUAAGCAAUGCGCCCAGUUUGUGUAUUGCCUGAAAAUAUUCUGUAAUGGGUUAUUCUAGAGGGGAAUCAGAAUUUCUCAUUAAAAUGUAAAGAGAUUUGCCAAUUGUUGGUAAACGUCAGGCAAGAGGAUAAGAGGAUGCCUAUCAUUUUCCCCUAAUGUAUGAACAGUGGGGAAGGAACUACUUCCUGCGCAUGCACUACACUCAUGUCAUGGCCAAGUUAGGUUGUACCUUUUGAGAUUACUCCAGCACUCUCUAGAUGCUCCACAUUGGGAAAUAAAAUGUAAAUUUCAGCUCUUUUCGAUGCAUCUGCCCAUCUAUGGUAGGUAUUUCUAUCUCAAAUAUUCCAGUGACGAACAUGGUAAUGAACAUUUCUGGGCAAGAUCAAACAAAACAAAGCUUCAAGUACAGAAAAAUCUUGUUUGUCAGAAUAUUGGUGUACUACUAACUUCCUGUUUAAACUAAGAAUACAUUGCCUUUGCAGCAAAAUGUUGUCUGCUGUGUGUUUGAGCCCUGCCAAGUUCUCUUUUGUUGGGCAAUAAAAAUAUAUCCACCCUUUAUCUCCAUAACACUAGUGCAAGGUGUUUUGUGACCGGCAGGGGUGAACUCUGACGGCACUAUUAUUGUGGACUGUUCGGUGGAGGUGAGGUGACACAACCACUUGAAAUAGUCACAGUAGAGAAAUAGCCUGCCGGUCACAAAACACCUUGCACUUGUGUUAUGGAGAUAAAGGGUGGAUAUAUUUAUUGCCCGACAAAAGAGAACUUGGCAGGGCUCAAACACACAGCAGACAACAUUUUGCUGCACUGCUUUAGAUUUCAGUGCAGCAGAGGUAUUGUGAUUCGCAUUUCAAACAGGACGUUAAGAGUGUAUUUCUAGUGGGAUUAAUGGGCAUUUUUCAGUACUUGCAGCAUUUUAUAGGGAAAAACAUUGGAGAAAGUUUAAAUUUAUUGUAGACAUGUACUGAAUAUGCUAUUGUGGGUGGGUUUUUUUGCCCAGGCAUACACUUUACAUUUUCUCAAUUUAUUUGAACUCGCUCAUGACCCCUGUAUCAUUAAGCUUACCACUCUACCUGUGGGAUUGCUAAACCCAACAACACUGAACCUUGCUGUAUCUACUACCACAAUAUACAAUAACCAAUGCUUAUUCAUUGUUCAUGCAUCCCAUGAACUAGCAGGGUUCAGUUGUCUCAGUACUACCACCCCUCACAUGUUUCUCUCAUUAACUAAUUUUAAAGUGCAUUGCUAUGUGCCCCUUAACUUCGAAUGUAUGGGGUACAAUGCUGCUACCACUGUAUUCCUUAACUCUGUUUAAAUAAAAUACCAAAAAAAAUUCUAUACAUUUUCUCAAACCUCUCCCCAUUUUGCAGUAAUGCAAAACAGUUGGCUCUACUUCACUACACAGAACAUGUUAAACAGUGCUAAAUAACUCAAGAUCUUAGAAAGGAUUGGAACUUUUAAUGGCUUCUUAUGCAAAUCAGGUUCUGUUUUUGGUUUAUUGGCCCUUAACAUGACCAUUGUCUGAUAUUAAAGGUUUUUCUAUUUAUGUCCUACAACUGAAACCCAUAUGUAUGAGACACUGAACAACAAUACGUUUAUUUAUUUUUUACUUUUACGUUUUAAACGUUUUCACCAGGUUGGUGAAUAAUAAAUAAAUUCACCAUAUCAAUAAAAAGUUGAUUGUUUAAAAAAAGUGCACAUUUUUCCAAUUGUUUUAUCUUUGUGAAUAAUGUGUGGCUGGAUAAAAAUACUCAUCUAUCCUUGAAUUGUCUUGCAGCUUGCUACAAAAUAAUACUGUACUGUAAUGUAAAUAAGUAGUUAUUGAAGAUACAAAGUGCCACAGAAACUUAUCUAUAUAUAAAUAUAUUUUUUGCAUAAACUGUAAAAUCAUAUUUGUAAAAUAUAAAAUUUCUUUUUUUUUUCUUUUGUAAAGAUUAAUUUUCCAUUUUUGCUUUCACAUAGUUUGCGAAGGGUUUGUUAAUGUCACUGCAAAGAAAAGGCAAAAUACUGGUCAACUUCAAAAAUAUUAUAGGAUGGCAUAAUGUUCUGCAAUCAAAAGGUGCACACUUUUACACAGGACAAUAAAAUGAUUUGUCGUCUGCUGUA